UUCUUCUAACAAUCCCAUCCAGUAGACACAGGGGAGAGCUUGAAAACAAGGGUGACUGGGGGAAUUGUUAUUAUCCAUUAGGCUACUCGUGGCAGUAAAAGAUUGGAAGUUGGAUCCCCAUACCCCCUCCCACGUACCAAAAAUUUCAAAGCACGAUAAAAGGCAACCGGAAAACAUAAAACGCUUUUUAAGGUAGCACAAUGAAUGAUCGUCGUCAGCCACAACUGCCUAUAAAUUGUCAUUAAUGACCCAAAUAUGAGUUAUUUUUCUUGUGAUUUCUUUCCCUCUUAUAAAACAGAGCUCAAGCUUCACGUGUAUUUCCCUUCUCUUUUCUUUUUCCCAUCCUUUAUUUCCGUUGUGUACUGUUUUCUUCUUCUACUCAUUUGCUUUGCUUUCCUUUCUUUUUCCUCUUUUCCUCUCAAGUUCUAUCCCUCUCUCUUUCCGUUUUGUUUCUUUCCUUUUCUCUUAACCGUUCAUCUUUCAAACGUUUCUCUUUCUCUCUAUAUAUACGUGUCUCACCUUGUUGAAGAGUACUAACAAGAGAAUGGAGGGAAAGAAAAAUGUCGAAUCGUCCUCUUCUUCCAUCACCUCAAAGCUCUUCGGUUCAAAAGAUUCACCACCUUCAUCUUCCGCUGGAAUUUUCGGCUCUAUAUUUGCUCCUCCAUCGAAGGCUCAGAUUUUCGGAAGGGAGUCUCUACGUCCUGCUGGGGCUAAAACCCAGCAUUCUCCAAAUGAGCCUUGGAACACAAAGCCCGGAGCCUCUGCACAAGGUGUAGUUGUUGAAGGUGAAACUGGCAAUACGGGAAAUCAAGACAAGAGUGACAAGUAUCAAGAGCAACGAAUAUAUCCGUGUCAUUUAAGUUCAUCCAUCUACUAUGGUGGCCAAGAUGUGUACUUGUAUCCCCAGGGUAGCCAGAGCUCUGAACUGGACUCUGUGUUCAAGAAAGAUGACGGAGAAGACGAUUCAGGGAGUGCAACAAGAGGAAACUGGUGGCAAGGGUCUCUAUACUACUAAGAGUUUGAUCGCCAGUCAACAUGCUUAUAUCAAGGUUCAUAGGAAGAUAUAGAUAUAUGGGAGGAGGAUUAUAGUUAUCAAACGUUGCAGACAGUUAGCCUGUACUACUUUCAAGAGCCAAGCAAAUAUAGCUAUUUGGUCUCCCUUCUUCUCUUUAAAGGAUAAUGAAACUUGCUCUUUUUUUCUUGUUAUGCAUAUGCUUCAGUGACUUUGAUAUGAUAAUACUAUAUAUGAUGAAUUUACUGCUUUUGCUCCAUUUA